AUGAAAUUUUGGAAGUGCAGUACUAAGAGUGAAAGACGCGCAGCAGCUGCUGAAGCAGAAUGCGACGGCUGCGGGAGCGAGGCCGACGAGGGCCGAAGCAUUGGAGAGCUGUUGCUGCCGCAAUAUGCGUUGGCUACCGGAGGCCUCGCACGAGACCAUCGACCGCUCGUCACCUUCCCCGACAACGGCAACUUCCAUCUCCUAUCUACGACCGAAUACCGCCGACUGUUACUCUACCUCACCUCUGUACCCUCAAUCCUUGAAGCGGAUAUGGGCUUCCACGUAAUCAUUGAUCGGAGAAAAGACAGAUGGAACUCGGUGAAAACAGUAUUAUUAAGAAUAUCUGAGUUUUUUCCGGGUAUGAUACAUGCUGUGUACGUCCUCCGGCCAGCCAGUUUUAUCCAGAAGGCAUUGUCAGAAGUGUCCAGUAAACUCUUUAAGGAAGAGUUUAGGUUUAGAGUACACGUAUGCUCUUCCGUAGAAGAACUUUACGAGCACUUUGACAGAUCUCAACUUACUCCCGACCUCAGUGGGGAGUUGCAGUAUUCACAUUCGGAGUGGAUACAACAGCGAAUAGCUUUAGAUAAAUUUUCGACGUUGAUGAAGGAGAUAUCGGGGAAACUUGAUAACUUUAUGCACGAGAUUGUCGACUGCGAUAUGGGGAACGAUCCCACACAAACCAAAGAAUUAUUAGACUCUCAAGAAACUAGGUAUAAAGCUUUAAAAACCGAGCUUGCCUCGGCGACGACGCAAGGCGAAGAGUUGUUGACGCAAGUGCGAAAACCAAAUCUAACAUAUAAUAUUAUUAGUCAUGUUGCUGCUGUUGAAAGGUUAUUGGUGCAACUUGAUGAGACUGAAAAACAAUUUGAUACUUUCUGGCAAAAACAUUCCACAAAAUUAAAUCACUGGCUUCAAUUUAGAACGUUUUUAUUAAAUUUUAAACAAAUGCAGGCAACUUUAGAUGGUCAUUUAAAGACUGCAUGCGAUAUGACCGAAGUUGGCGAGACAGCAAACAGAGUGGAUAGUCUUAUACAAGAAGCUGUUGACUUCGAGAAACUGUGCAACUGUGAUCUAGAUACAGCGUCUUCUGUUAUAGACGAUGGUGAAAAACUUAUGCAAGACCCAUUAAGUUCGGUAGACCACAUAGAGUCAAAAUGUGAAGAAUUGAGACGAACGAGUGCAUUGCUUAUUGAUAAAAUACAGAAACGAAAUAUGCUGUUGUCAAAGGCGCGAGAGCUGAUGGACAGGAUAGACAAGGCAAACGAAUGGUGCACGACCGGUGUAGAGUUGCUAGCGGGUGAAGGCGGCCUUAUAGCUGUAGACAAACUUCUAGAAGACGCAAGGAGCUUCGGUCUUACGGCGCCUGAGCAAUUUCGAGAGAUGCUCAUGCAAUCUGCCACCCAAGAAACAAGAGCAUUGGUCACACAGGUCUCGCAACGGGUGGAAGAUGUGUGGCUAAUGGUAUCAGUGAAGCGAGCAACCCUACAACGCGCUGCCGCCAAACCAGCGAGACCGGUCCAGUCUGUGCCCCCUCAAAGCGCCGUCCCUGCAACUACCAACAAUCAGGUAAGUCUUAAAAUUUACAUGGUAUGCGGUAUAAAUAACAUUCGGGAGCAGUCUGCUAGAUCCCAUUUCCUUCCUCUAAAAGUGAGGGUGCAUCGGAGGGUGUUAUUGAAUAUGCCAUCCACGUUUUAA